AUGGCGACGCCGGCGGCCACCCGCCUCCACGCCCCGUUCCUCCUGCUUCCUUCCCCACCGCGACCGCACCCUCCACUCCGCCUCCGCUUCCGCUUCCUCCUGCCGUCCCCGCCGCCGCUCCGCCUCCGCCGCCGCUUCCCGCUGCUCGCGGCCGCCGCCAUAUCCGCCGCCGCCGCCGGCGUCAGCGGCGGCGGCGGGGAGGACACUGCCGCCGCCAGGAAGGCCGACAAGGCCAGGCAGCUGCAGAAGCGGGUCCUCGUGGGCGUCGCCAUCGGGGUGGGCGCCGGAGGCGUCGUGGUCGCCGGAGGCUGGGUGUUCGCCGCCGCCGUCGCUGCCGCCGUCCUUGCCGGCUCCCGGGAGUACUUCGAGCUCGUCCGCGGCACUGCCGGCGGAGGCGGGACCCCGCCGCCGCGCUACGUGUCCCGCGCGUGCUCCGCCAUCUGCGCUCUCAUGCCCAUCCUUGCGCUGUACUAUGGACGCAUGGAUGUUACUGUGACGUUUUCUGCAUUUGUUAUUGUAAUAUCAUUGCUUUUACAAAGAGGAAAUCCUCGUUUUGCUCAGCUAACUAGUUCAGUUUUUGGGUUAUUUUAUUGCGGCUAUCUACCUUCUUUCUGGGUUAAGCUUCGUUCGGGACUAGCUGCCCCUGCCUUAAAUACAAGUAUAGCAUACAGUUGGCCAAUUCUUCUUGGUGGACAAGCUCACUGGACAGUUGGACUUGUAGCAACCUUGAUGGCGAUUAGUAGCAUCAUUGCUGCUGAUACAUUUGCUUUCCUUUGUGGAAGGGCAUUUGGUCGUACUCCUUUGACUAACAUAAGCCCUAAGAAGACCUUGGAGGGUGCUUUAGCUGGUCUAGCUGGCUGUGUACUUACCACUGUGCUGCUGUCAACUGUCUUACGCUGGCCAAGAUCACUGUUCAGUGCUACAGCUUAUGGAAUCCUGAUUUUUCUGGGUUCAUUAUUUGGGGAUCUUGUUGAAUCUCUGAUUAAGCGUGAUGCUGGUGUGAAGGACUCUGGAUCACUCAUUCCUGGACAUGGUGGAAUUCUUGACCGAGUUGACAGCUACGUUUUCACAGGGGCACUUUGUUACUCUUUUGUCAGAGUAGCUCUACCCUUAUAUGGGGUCUGA